GUAGAAAACCAACUUAAUGGGAGUACAAAGCGGAUGAUACACACACAGAGAGGAGAGAGAGAGCGAGAGAAGAGCGAGAGCGAGAGGUAUCUGUGGGAACACUUCCUUCUGCUUUGUUAGAGAUAGAGAAAAGCAAAAGGUAAUGGAGAAUGUGAGUGUUCGAAUUUGGUAACAAAGAAAAGAAACCUCAAAAACACUCAACGUCAACAUCAAUGGAACACAUUCCUGCAGUUUUUAUUCUCUUCUCUGUUUCUCUUCUUUAUUCCUCUCUGUGAUAUCAAGUUCUCCGUCUCCUCAAGCGGCUCCUGAUAUUUACGAAUGCUUAUUCCAUAAAUGAUGUUGCACACUGUUGACGAGUUGAAUAAUUGAGUUUGGCUUUUGGCGGGGAUUUGCAAGGUCAGCUCGCAGUUUGAUUAGUUCCUAGCGAGGAAUCGAUGGCAGCGGAGGGAACAUUGUCGUUUUCGGUGGCAUCGGUGGUGGAAGAUGUGCUUCAGCAGCACGGCACUCGGCUCAAAGAUCUUGAUUUAGAAUCUAGGAAAGCAGAGGAAGCUGCAUCAAGAAGAUACGAAGCAGCAGGGUGGCUGAGAAAAAUGGUUGGAGUUGUUGCGGCUAAAGAUUUACCAGCAGAGCCCUCUGAGGAAGAGUUUAGACUUGGUUUGAGAAGUGGGAUUAUCCUCUGCAAUGUCAUUAAUAAGGUUCAACCUGGAGCUGUGCCUAAGGUUGUGGAAAGUCCUGUUGAUUCUGCGAUGAUCCCAGAUGGAGCACCAUUGUCGGCAUUUCAAUAUUUUGAAAACGUGAGGAACUUCCUUGUGGCUAUCCAAGAAAUCGGACUUCCUACCUUCGAGGCAUCUGAUCUGGAACAGGGGGGGAAAUCAGCUCGGAUUGUGAACUGCGUUUUGGGCCUUAAAUCCUAUAGUGAAUGGAAACAGACAGGGGCAAAUGGAACAUGGAAGUUUGGUGGAACUGUUAAGGCCACAACUUCUGGAAAAUCUUUUGUAAGAAAAAAUUCAGAGCCCUUUACUAACUCGUUGUCAAGGAACUCAUCCAUCAAUGAAAAAUCCGUGACUUCUCCCUCUGACGUUGAUUCUAGUAAAAUGUCUGGCUCUCAUUCUUUGAGUUCGCUCGUUCAUGCAAUUCUGUCUGAUAAGAAACCUGACGAAGUCCCAAUGUUGGUUGAAUCUGUUUUAAACAAAGUUGUAGAGGAGUUUGAGCAUCGGAUUGCACGCCAAGGUGAACAGACUAAAACAGCGCCAAGAGAUAGUGUUUCUCAUGGCAACCGACCUAUAUCAAAGUUUGUGGUGGGAGAUAAAAAGGUAGAGAACAAGAUUCCAAUGGUUAUAAGCAAAAAGGAUGUGAUUCAUGGAAACUGUGCUGCUGAAGAAAAAUUGCAAAACCAACUUCUGAAACAACAAAUACUCUUUGAUCAGCAGCAAAGGCAUAUUCAAGAACUAAAGCAUACCCUUCACACCACAGAAGCCGGUUUGCGGUUUAUGCAAAUGAAAUUUCACGAGGAGUUUUCAAACCUUGGAAUGCAUAUUCAUGGGUUGGCUCAUGCUGCUUCUGGAUACCACACAGUUCUUGAAGAAAAUCGUAGACUAUAUAAUCAAGUCCAGGAUCUCAAGGGAAGUAUUAGGGUGUAUUGUCGAGUAAGACCCUUCUUACCUGGACAAUCAAGCUAUUUGAGCACAGUGGAAAGUAUGGAAGAGGGAAAUAUCACAAUCAAUAUUCCAUCAAAGAACGGAAAGGGGCGCAAAACAUUCAACUUCAACAAAAUCUUUGGGCCAUCCGCAACCCAAGCGGAGGUCUUCUCUGAUAUGCAGCCACUCAUUAGGUCUGUACUUGACGGUUAUAAUGUUUGCAUAUUUGCAUAUGGCCAAACAGGAUCAGGAAAAACUUACACUAUGACUGGGCCGAAAGAGAUAACAGAGAAAAGUCAAGGUGUAAAUUACAGAGCUCUAAGCGAUUUGUUUCAUAUAGCAGAUCAACGAAAGGACGCUUUUCGCUAUGAUGUGGCUGUUCAAAUGAUUGAGAUUUAUAAUGAGCGAGUCAGAGAUCUUCUGGUUACUGAUGGAUCAAAUAGAAGAUUAGAAAUUCGAAGUAGUUCUCAUAAAGGGUUGAGCGUGCCAGAUGCAAGCCUUGUCUCUGUAUCAUCAACGCUUGAUGUUAUUGAUCUAAUGAACCUGGGGCAAAGGAAUCGUGCAGUUGGAGCAACAGCCCUUAAUGACCGUAGCAGCCGCUCUCAUAGUUGCUUGACUGUUCAUGUUCAAGGAAGAGACUUGACAUCUGGUACCAUCCUUCGUGGAUGCAUGCAUCUGGUUGACUUGGCUGGAAGUGAGAGGGUAGACAAAUCUGAGGCCACGGGAGAUAGACUCAAGGAGGCACAGCAUAUUAAUAGAUCUCUCUCAGCUUUGGGUGAUGUCAUCGCAUCACUCGCUCAGAAAAAUCCACAUGUCCCAUACAGAAACAGCAAACUCACACAGUUACUCCAAGAUUCACUUGGGGGACAAGCCAAAACACUAAUGUUUGUUCACAUAAGUCCAGAGUCUGAUGCCAUUGGAGAAACAAUUAGCACCUUAAAAUUUGCAGAAAGAGUUUCUACAGUUGAGCUUGGCGCUGCUCGAGUAAACAAAGAUAGUGCAGAUGUAAAAGAACUCAAAGAACAGUUUGCCAUCCUUAAGGCGGCCUUGGCAAGGAAGGAAGGGGAAUCAGAGCAGGUUGUACAUUCAUUUUCUGGCAGCAACGAAAAGUACAGAACAAAGGCUGGUGACCUAUCACCUUAUCCUAUAAGCCAGCGGUGUGCAGAUGUAAUGGGUGAUGAUCGCCUUGGAUGCCGACAACCAAUGGUUGAUGAAGGUAGCAUAGGGCUUCACAGUAACACCAGGAGGCAAAAAACACACAGCCUUGAUUUUGACGAGAUAUCUGCAAAUUCACCACCUUGGCCCCCAGUGAAGAGUCCUGGUCAAAACCACGGGGAAGAUGAUAAAGAAAUUGGACAGGGCGAGUGGGUCGAUAAGGUGAUGGUAAACAAGCAAGAUGUAAGCAAAUUUGGGAUCCCCUUGAGGGGUUGGGAAGCAGACAACGGACAGUUAUCAGAGGCCUUUUAUCAGAAAUAUCUGCAGGAUUCUUCAAUAGUAUGCACAGAACGAUCAUUUAAUAUGCUUAUGGGAGGCAGUCAGUUCAACCUUGCUGGUUCAGAUGACAUGGAUGAUCUUGACGCUGUAACCAGUGAUUCCUCGGAACCUGACUUACUUUGGCAAUAUAAUCAUUCCAAACUUGCCACAGUGCCCAAUGGAAUUGGCUCAAAGACCAAGAGGUCGAUGUCCAAGACACCAAAAAGCCCCGAAUUGAGCAAGAAUGUGAAUUCUUCGCUAGUCCCCUCGCCUUCUCGGAAACAGCCAAAUGGAGUCUUGAAUCGAACCGGAAGGAAUCCGGCUCCUGUUGAUAUGAAACGGAAAAAUGGAAAUAGGAAGUGAAUAUUGUAUCAGACUAAAGAGUGUUUUUUUUUUUUUUUGGGUUUCUGAUUUUUCUUAUAUAAAUUUUUUAGAUGCAAAAGGAGAGGUUUUGCCCUAUAAUCUUUAAUUUCUUUUUGGUCUGCAAUUGUUGUAAUUUGUAUUAUACAUAUAAUGCAGCAAUGAUGCUCGUUGCUUGAA